GCAGUACACGAUCGCCCUCAGGAUCACGGCUGCGGGAUCGGACGCAGGUUAAAAAUGACAAGGAAUUUGUCUUUGGAAAUCUUGGACACAGCACACCAGUUUUGCUGUCUCUGUCCAGAUAUUUAAGAAGUGGAGCAAGGGAACCACUCGAUCAUCCUUCCUGCUCAGACUGUGGGGAGGGGUUUACUCGAUCACCUGACUGACUGGCAUGCCUGUCACUUUACACAUGGGGAGAGGCCAUUCACUUGCUCAGACUGUUGGAAUGGAUUCCCUCGGUCAUCUCAUCUGAAGGUACAUCAAUAAGUUCACACUGGGCAGAGGCUGGUCAUCUGCUGAAUUUGUGGGGACGGAUUCACUUGGUCAUCUGGCCUCAUGGUUCACCACCGAGUUCACACUGGGGAGAGGCCGUUCACCUGCUCAGUCUGUGAGAAGAGAUUCACUCACUUUUCAGACCUUCAGAGACACCAGCGAGUCCACACUGGGGAGAAGCCAUUCACCUGCUCAGAAUGUGGGAAGGGAUUCACUCGGUCAUCCACCCUACAGAGUCACCAGCGAGUUCACACAGGGGAGAGGCCGUUUACCUGCUCAGUCUGUGGGAAGGGAUUCACUUUGUCAUCUCAGCUACUGAGACAUCAGUCAGUUCACACCAGGGAGUGGCCAUUCACCUGUUCAGACUGUGGGAAGGGAUUCACUCGGUCACCCGACCUGCAGGUGCACCAGCGAGUUCACACUGGAGAGAGGCCGUUUACCUGCUCAGUUUGUGGGAAGGGAUUCACUCGGUUACCCGACCUACAGAGUCAUCAGCGAGUUCACACUGGAGAGAAGCCAUUCAUCUGCUCAGAAUGUGGGAAGGGAUUCACUCAGUCAUCCAACCUACUGGCACACCAGUCAGUUCACACAGGGGAGAGGCCAUUCACCUGCUCAGAAUGUGGGAAGGGAUUCACUCAGUCAUCCCAACUACUAGCACACCAGUCAGUUCACAGUGGGGAGUGGCCGUUCACCUGCUCAGAAUGCGGGAAGGGAUUCAGUUGGUCAUCCCAAUUACUGGCACACCAGACAGUUCACACUGGGGAGAAGCUGUUCACCUGCUCAGUCUGUGGGAAGAGAUUCACUAGGUCAUCCUACUUACAGAGUCAUCAGCGCGUUCACACUGGGGAGAAGCCAUUCACCUGCUCAGAAUGUGGGAAGGGAUUCACUCAGUCAUCUGACCUACAGAGUCAUCAGCGAGUUCACACUGGGGAGAAGCCAUUCACCUGCUCAGUCUGUGGGAAGAGAUUCACUCGCUCAUCCCACCUAAAGAGUCAUCAGCGAGUUCACACUGGGGAGAAGCCAUUCACCUGCUUAGAAUGUGGGAAGCUAUUCACUCAGUCAUCCAGCCUACUGACACACCAGUCAGUUCACACAGGGGAGAGGCCGUUCACCUGCUCAGAAUGUGGGAAAGGAUUCAGUCAUUCAUCCAAGCUACUGGCACACCAGUCAGUUCACACUGGGGAGAAGCCGUUCACCUGCUCAGUCUGUGGGAAAAAAUUCACUCGGUCAUCCAACCUACAGAGUCAUCAGCGAGUUCACACUGGGGAGAAGCCAUUCACCUGCUCAGUCUGUGGGAAGAGAUUCACUCGGUCAUCCAACCUACAGAGUCAUCAGCGAGUUCACACUGGGGAGAAGCCAUUCACCUGCUCAGUCUGUGGGAAGAGAUUCACUCGGUCAUCCUACCUACAGAGUCAUCAGCGAGUUCACACUGGGGAGAUGCCGUUCACCUGCUCAGUAUGUGGGAAUGGAUUCACUCAGUCAUCUGACCUACAGAGUCAUCAGCGAGUUCACACUGGGGAGAAGCCAUUCACCUGCUCGGUCUGUGGGAAGAGAUUCACUCGGUCAUCCCACAUACAGAGUCAUCAGCGAGUUCACACUGGGGAGAAGCCGUUCAUCUGCUCAGAAUGUGGGAAGGGAUUCACUCAGUCAUCCAACCUACUGGUACACCAGUCAGUUCACACAGGGGAGAGGCCUUUCACCUGCACAGACUGUGGGAAAAAAUUCACUCGGUCAUCCAACCUACAGAGUCAUCAGCGAGUUCACACCAGGGAGAAGCCUUUCACCUGCUCAGACUGUGGGAAGAGAUUCACUCAUUCAUCCACCCUACAGAGACACCAGCGAGUUCACACUGGGAAGAAGCCGUUCACCUGCUCAGAAUGUGGGAAGAGAUUCACUGGAUCAUCCGACCUACAGAGUCACCAGCGAGUUCACACUGGAGAGAAGCCAUUCACCUGCUCAGAAUGUGGGAAAAGAUUUACUCGAUCAUCCACCCUGCAGAGUCACCAGCGAGUUCACACUGAGGAGAAGCCGUUCACCUGCUCAGAAUGUGGGAAAGGAUUCACUCAGUCAUCCCGACUACUAGAACACCAGUCACGAGUUCACACUGGGGAGCGGCCGUUCACCUGCUCAGUCUGUGGGAAGGGAUUCACUCAGUCAUCUACCCUACAGAGUCAUCAGCGAGUUCACACUGGGGAGAAGCCGUUCACCUGCUCAGUCUGUGGGAAGGGAUUCACUCAGUCAUCUACCCUACAGAGACACCAGCAAGUUCACACUAGGGAGAAGGGGUUCACCUGCUCAGACUGUGGGAAGAGAUUCACUCGGUCAUCUGACCUACUGGUACAUAUGUCAGUUCACACAGGUGAGAGGCCAUUCACCUGCUCAGUCUGUGAGAAGAGAUUCAGUCGGUCAUCCAACCUUCAGAAACACCAGCGAGUUCACACUGGGGAGAAGCCAUUCAGCUGCUCAGUUUGUGGGAAGAGAUUCACUCAGUCAUCCAACCUACAGAGUCAUCAGCGAAUUCACACCGGGGAGAAGCCGUUCACCUGCUCAGUCUGUGGGAAGAAAUUCACUCAGUUAUCCAACCUACUAAGUCAUCAGCGAGCUCACACUGGGGAGAACCCAUUCACCUGCCCAGACUGUGGGAAGGGAUUCACUCAGUCAUCCAACCGACAGGAUCAUCAGUGAGUUCACACUGCGGUGAAGCUGUUC